AGUGAUUGUACAUACAACAACCUCAUGAUGGAUCCAACGGCCAUGUAUCCUGAGUCAUUCCACCCUAUCGCUAACAAUCGUAGCCGUGAUUAUAAACGCCACGCCAAACACUACACUCGUACCCAACGGCCUCCUCGUUACGUCUGGAUUGAUUAUGGCCACGCUCGUCGCUACAACCCCGAGGACGGCCCGCCACUGGAGCUGCCACAACUGGCAGGCGACAAGUCUCCGCCAGAGCACAAUGGUCCCAAUCAGGAUAUACCCUGCGACCCCUUUGCGACCGAUAUAUACUUCCUUGGCAAUUUCAUCCGUCUGCAUAUCUAUCAAAAUUAUUUCGGGUUCCAAUUCAUCUACCCUUUGAUCAGCGAUAUGACGAAGGCGGAUCCGUCGAAACGUCCGAAAAUUGACGAAGUUGUAGCUCAGUAUCAUAAAAUCCUGGACUCUUUGAGUGGAUGGAAACUGCGAUCGGGAUUGAUUAAACGGAAGGAGAUCGUUCUGAGUGUGUACAAGCUUAUACCUCAUUUCAUACGCACUAUCGGAUACGUUUGUGCAGGUUUACCCUCCAUUCCCAAUCCCUGAAUUCUUAUUCCCUUCUACCUACAUAUCGAGUUGAAGUCUCCCAAAUACUCUUCCGUCCAUACCCUUCUUUUGUGUAUUGCUUUUUCAUAUUGCUCUUGUUUACUUUGCUCUCCAGUUGUCCUUCUUACUUAUCUAUUACUAACUAGCUACGGUCUACUCGAUCCGCUUCUGCUCCGUAAUCGACAUGUGAACUGGUCU